CUGACCUGUCUUGUGUCUUCUCCCCAAAUGUCUCGCGGCCUCGCCUCUCGAGUCUCCACACCGCCGUCUUCCUCCAAUGGCGAUGAGCUGCUCAGCGUUUAACUAGUAGCAUCUUCUCCGAGAGCAUUGCAGCGCACGAGAUUGAGAAAAAUCAGCACCCACGCCGUCCGAAUCGAUGAGCAGCGGCGGCGGCGGCGACGACGCGGGGGACGGCGGGCGGGCCGAGUGGCAGCGCAUCUACGACCGGGUCCAGGCGCUCGCCGCCGGCCGCGCGCGGCUGGAGGCGCGCAACAGGACCCAGCACGAGUUCUGGGACGCCCGCGACAAGAUCAACCACUCCCGCCUCCACCAGGCGGAGCUGAGCAGGAGCAGGUGGGAGGCGGCCUGCAGGGAGGUGCUCCCUGGGGAUGAUCCCAAGCUCGCCGAACUGCUAGAGAGUGAUUUGGAGGAUUCAAGAACUUGUGAAGCUCUUUUGGACACCGAAAACUCAGAACUGCUGGUACAACUGAAGGAAGAGCUUCAUGAAAACACUGCAGAUCAUGAGCACAAUUCCGGAGAUUUAAUAUCAGAGCUAAGAAAGUUAAAGCAGGUCUAUGAGACCAGAUGCUCGAAUAAGGAUAAGGAAGCUACUGAAGCAGUGCAGAAAUUUCAACAGAAGUUAGAGGAGCUGCACGUGGCAGCCUGUAAGAAGGAUGAUGAGAUUGGAAGAUUGCAGGCAGAAGCUUCUGCAUCCACAAAUAAGAUACUGGUUCUUGAGGGCAAGCUAAAUGAGAUGCACUCCUUGGAUAAGGCGAAUGAUAUCCAGAGCCUCAAAGUUGGGCAACCUGAGACUCAUAAACACAAGCUUGCCUUCUUAUCAACUAUACAAUCCGAGGAAGCUGGAAAUAGUCUAGAGAUUAUUCAAGAGAAUGCAGAUCAUGGGGCCAUCGCAGGAGAUUUUAGAGCAGAGCUAAGAAAACUGAAGCAAGCUUAUGAAACCCUUAGCUCAAACAAGGAUAAGGAAAUUUCUGCAGCACUUGCAGUGGAGGAUUUUCUUUUGAACAAACUGCUGAGAAUGGACAAGGACAACGCAGGGCUCCUUAAGAUAAAGGAAGUGGAGGCAGCACAAGCUAACGAAGCAGCACAAAAGCUUCAACAGACUGUAGAGGAGCUGCAAGUGGCUGUCCGAAAUAAAGAUGAUGAGAUUGGCACAUUGCGAGCAGAAGUGGGGCACCUUAAGAUAAAACAAGUGGAGGCAGCACAAAAGCUUCAGCAGAAUGUAGAGGAACUGCAAGUGGCAGUCCUAAAUAAGGAUAACAAGAUUGGCAGAUUGCAAGCAGAAGCGGGGAUCCUUAACAUAAAAGAAGUGGAGUCAGUACAAAAGCUUCAGCAGAAUGUAGAUGUGCUGCAAGUAGAAUUACGAAAUAAGGACGAUGGAAACUGUAGAUUGCAAGCAGAAGCUGCUAAUCCAGAAAAAAAAGAUGAAGAUUACUGUCAGGGUACACAAUGGCAUGAGCAGGUGUCACGCUCUUGAGGUCGUGGAAUCAGAUUUGAUUUACAAUGUGAAGGCUAAGUUGAAGGCGAAGGUCUUGUUUAUAGACGAUGCCAUAAUAGAGUACGACAAUAAGCCGCUGGCGGACAGCUGUGCCCUGAAGGAGCUGCACAUCCAGGAGGGGGGCCAAUUUGAAGCCCGAUAUCCAAAUCUGAUCUUUGUGAGGAGUCUUACUGGAAAAACAAUGCGGUUUUUGAUUGAUGAUCACUUUUCAGACACUAUCAUAUACAGUCUAAAGGAGAAGAUAGCCGAUGAAAUCGGAUUUUCCCCAGAUGUGCAGCUCCUCGUCUAUGGUGGGAAGCAGCCGAAGGACGACUGCACCUUUGCUGACUGCCACAUACAGCAUGGGUCUAUCCUUUAUGUUUCUGUGAGACUCCUAGGUUCCCUGCGUCAGAUCUUUGUCAGGACACUGACUGGCAAGAAGCUGAGUUUUUUGAUUGAUGGUCACUUUUCAGACACCACCAUAUACAGUCUAAAGGAGAAGAUAGCCGGUGAAAUCGGAGUUGCCUCAUCCCAGAUGAGCAGUGCCUCAUCCGUGCUGGGACGCAGCUGGAGGACGACCGCA